AUGGAGCCCUCAAUCGAAGUGGUGGCCACCAAGGCGUUCCGUGACCAGAAACCAGGCACUUCUGGACUCCGGAAAAAGACAAAAGUGUUCAUGAACGAACCUCACUACACGGAAAAUUUCAUUCAAGCGAUCUUAGAAGCGAUCCCCGAGGGAUGCACAAACGCUACUCUAGUGGUCGGAGGUGAUGGCCGGUUCUACAACAGUGAGGUGAUGCAGCUAAUUGCGGCAAUUUCCGCUGCCAAUGGCGUGAGAAAGCUGAUUUUGGGACAAAACGGGAUUUUGUCCACACCUGCUGCAUCGCAUAUUAUUCGGUCGUAUCACGAGAAAUGCACAGGUGGUAUUAUCUUGACCGCGUCGCACAAUCCAGGCGGUCCCGAAAAUGAUUUUGGAAUCAAAUACAACCUCAGCAAUGGAGGUCCUGCGCCGGAGUCCGUUACCAAUGCUAUUUAUGAAAAGUCGAUGCUCCUCACGCAGUACAAAAUCGUCAAAAAUUUUCCCAAAAUCGAUUUCUCCAAAAUCGGCCAAAAUCAGGAUUACGCUGGGUUUUUGAUUGAUGUCGUAGACUCGACCGCCGAUUACGUGUCCUUGAUGAAAUCGAUUUUCGAUUUUGACCUUAUUAAACGGUUUAUCGACGUCCAAAGAUCCACCAAGGGCUUUAAAAUCCUAUUUGACUCCAUGAACGGUGUCACGGGACCCUACGGGAAGUCCAUAUUCGUCGACGAGUUGGGCUUGCCAGCAGAGGAAGUGUUGCAGAACUACGUUUCGCUACCAGAUUUCGGAGGCUUGCAUCCUGACCCCAAUUUGACGUAUGCCCACACUUUGGUCGAGAGGGUCGACAAGGAGGAGAUCGCGUUUGGUGCUGCUUCUGACGGUGACGGUGACAGAAACAUGAUUUACGGCUGUGGACCCGCAUUUGUUUCUCCAGGAGACUCGGUUGCCAUUAUCGCGGAAUAUGCUUCGGAAAUUCCUUACUUCAAAAAUCAAGGUAUCUACGGAUUGGCACGUUCUUUCCCCACGUCUGCAGCCAUCGAUCGCGUUGCCAAGGCGCAAGGUCUACAAUGCUACGAAGUGCCGACCGGCUGGAAGUUUUUUUGCGCGUUGUUCGACGCGAAGAAGCUGUCCAUCUGUGGUGAAGAGUCGUUUGGUACCGGUUCAAACCACGUCAGAGAAAAAGACGGCGUGUGGGCUGUUGUUGCGUGGCUGAAUAUUCUUGCGAUCUACGACAGGGAUCAUCCUGGUAGCGAUGUGUCUAUCAAGACUAUUCAGGAAGCCUUUUGGAAGAAGUACGGGAGAACGUUCUUUACUCGAUACGAUUUCGAACAGGUGUCAAGUGAGGCGGCCAACAAAGUGCUACAAGUGCUUGAGGAUAUGGUCAAGACCAAGGAAGACGCCGUUGGCAAGCCAUUCCCCGGCGAGCCAAGCCUGACUGUCACUGAUUGUGGGGACUUCAGUUACACCGAUUUGGACGGCUCAAUUUCGGAGCACCAGGGUCUCUAUGCUAAACUUUCCAAUGGAUGUCGAUUUGUGAUUAGACUUUCUGGUACCGGCUCUUCGGGCGCCACCAUUAGACUCUAUAUGGAGCGCUAUACCGACGAGUCCUCCAACUACCCGCUCACCGCUGACAAGUUCUUGGAGUCCGACAUUCAGGGCAUUUUGAAAUUUUUGAAGUUCCAAGAAUUUUUGGGAACUGACGAACCAACCGUAAAAACAUGA